UUCUAACUCUCACUGCUCUUUCUCUCUUUGAAGAUGUGACUGCCAUUAUCUUCGUGGUGGCCAGCAGCAGCUACAACAUGGUCAUUCGGGAGGACAACCAGACCAACCGCCUGCAGGAGGCUCUGAACCUCUUCAAGAGCAUCUGGAACAACAGAUGGCUGCGCACCAUCUCUGUGAUUCUGUUCCUCAACAAGCAAGAUCUGCUCGCUGAGAAAGUCCUUGCUGGAAAAUCGAAGAUUGAGGACUACUUUCCAGAAUUUGCUCGCUACACUACUCCUGAGGAUGCUACUCCCGAGCCCGGAGAGGACCCACGCGUGACCCGGGCCAAGUACUUCAUUCGAGAUGAGUUUCUGAGAAUCAGCACUGCUAGUGGAGAUGGGCGCCACUACUGCUAUCCUCACUUCACCUGCGCUGUGGACACUGAGAACAUCCGCCGUGUGUUCAACGACUGCCGCGACAUCAUCCAGCGCAUGCAUCUUCGUCAGUACGAGCUGCUCUAAAGAGGGAACCCCCAAAUUUAAUUAAAGCCUUAAGCACAAUUAAUUAAAAGUGAAACGUAAUUGUACAAGCAGUUAAUCACCCACCAUAGGGCAUGAUUAACAAAGCAACCUUUCCUUUCCCCGAGUGAUUUUGCGAAACCCCCUUUUCCCUUCAGCUUGCUUAGAUGUUCCAAAUUUAGAAAGCUUAAGGCGGCCUACAGAAAAAGAAAAAGAAAAAAAGGCCACAAAAGUUCCCUCUCUCUUUUCAGUAACUAAAAUAAAAGCAGCAAACAGAAAUAAAGAAAUAAAUGAAACAAAUGAAAUAAAAAAUGAAAUAAAUGAAAUAAAUAUUGUGUUGUGCAGCAUUAAAAAAAAUCAAAAUAAAAAUUAAAUGUGAGCAAA